GUUGUAGGAGAUGGCAGGUAACAACCAAAGCAACAACUGAGGACACAAACUCACUGGACUGAAGUUCAUAGACAGGAUUUAUAUUUACCGGGCUGAGUCUUAAGCUACACUGAGGAUGGCCGAUCCUUCCUUGAUAGAUCACAUGACUAGGCUGAAACUCAAACUCCUGGAGAAGCGGUUGGAGAAUGAGCGUGACAUGGUUGAUGAAUCGGAGGAGACCGAACCCAGCACUGCAAGAAGCUAUGAUGGACAAGAGGAAGCUCUGCAGUCUGCGUUGCGGAGGAGAAAGGAUCUACUCCACAAACUGCGUGAGCAGCAACUCCUAGAAGAAAUUUCACGUCCCCAUACCUGGGAGGGCACUCGUCGCCCAAAAAUGAACAUUGAACCUCUUCAUCAGGUGGCCCCCGUUAACUACUAUCACCCACCUCCUCCAGGUCCACCUGUACGUUUCUAUCCACCACCACCACCCCCUGAGCCUCCUAGGAUCAUCCAGCAGCAGUUACCCCAGCAGCCAGCAACCAUAAUUCAACAGUUACCUGCACAGCAGCCACUCAUCACCCAGAUUCCAUCUCCACAAGCCUUUCAACCAGCCCGCUCAGGCAGCAUAAAGGAAGACAUGGUGGAGAUGAUGCUCAUGCAGAAUGCACAAAUGCACCAGAUAAUAAUGCAAAACAUGAUGCUAAAAGCACUGCCUCCUCUUGCUUUGUCACAGCCUGCAAGCAGUGCCCCCCCACCCCAGUCCCAGUCCCACCAGGAUUCAAAUUUUCCUACUUCUAUGGUGCUAAGACCUGAGAAGAUUCGACCUUCUUCUGUCCACCAUCAUCACCACUAUACACCUCCGACCCUGCCACCUGCACCACCCACCAUGCAGCCUGGACCAGGAUAUCCAAUGUGGUCUCAAAUGAUGCAUUCAAAUCCAGCGGGACACAUGGGUGGAUUUCCCCACACUAUUCAUCAUGUGACUGGACCAACCACAACACUACCUGCAAUACAUACAGUCCCAAGUGGCCUAUGAAGACCAUGAGCUGUAAAAGAUGUACCUGAAUAGAAAGCAAAAUAAUGGGAACUUCAGAAACAGACUCAACUCGCCAUGUAUGUUUUACACUUAAAAAACAACUGUAUGUUAUAAACAUUAUUUCUAUAGGAUGCUGACAUAUGUAACCGGAGCAGGCAGUAGUGUCACUAUGCCUCGUCUGUCAAAGAGAAACCGCUCUAUUCUGGUAACCAGCUCCCCCGCUCUGCUUUUGGACUUCGUACAAAAAGGGACAUCUUUUACCUCUACUUUCAUUUGGUUAUUUUAUGGUCAUCAUUAUCAUGUAAUAAAAAGUAUCUAGAUGGCGUAUCUAGUAUCUAUAGUACCAUAUGUUUUGUACAAUGUUGAUACAUUUUUCUCUUAUAGACAAAAUGUCUGCCGCUGUAGCAUGUCACAAAGUAAAAAACUGUUUUCUGAUACUGAAUUGUUAAUAAAGAAGUAUAAAUUAUACAA